AGCCUCGGGGAGAGUUGCCUGGCCUGGGCAGAUUCCUGGAUGGAAACAUGCUCAGUUUUCAGCAGUGACAUCACCCUGGAUUGGAGCUUGCCUGAGACUUUCUCACUGUGGAGCUCUGCAAACAUUACCCGAAGAGUCGCGCUGUGGCUGCGCGAGGACGGACAGGUAACACCUCUGACCAGUAGUGACCUACUUUGAGUCGCUUGAGGGCUUCUGCCAAUCGACCGAUUGUUGAGCCUCGACAGAGCAAAGAGGGAUUCUGCAGUCAUGUCCGAGAGUCCAGAAGAUCAGCCAAGUACUGGAAUUUUGGGCCGUAUUGGUUACUGGUUGUCUCCGUGGAGGGGAAGAGCUUCUGUGCCACCUUCUGAAAGUGACUCUUCAAGUGGUAGUUUUGCUGAUGAAACAGGAGGGGAGGAUGGUGAGGAAUCUGUGAGAAUCCCGGACAGAGAGGAGCAGGAGACAGAUUCAAACUUAGAGAAAUUUUUCCCUUGUGAAGAGGAGAACGCCACGCAGUCUGCCCACAGACACUGCUCUGCAGAGAGCAGCACAAGAGGAGGAGGAGGUCCAAAAGAGGAGGAGCUUGUGGUGUGCCGGGAGCACAGAACAGGGCAGGGCAACGAGAGGGAGGAGAGAGGCAGCUGUGUUUCAGAAAGUGGGAAUCAUGUGAAGAAUGUCUGUCAUCUGACAAAUCUCUUUACCUCUAGACCAGAAGUGGUGUGGAACUUUGACCAGGACCCCACCCAGCCUCGCCCACCACAGCACGCACAGGUUCAGUCUGAUAAGAGGCUCCAUGUGUACUUAGAGGAGACCAGUGUCAUUCACUGUGGCAAAGAUUUGAGUGUGGGGCAGGAAGUUGUCACAACCACAUUUAAAAAAGAUCUGCACGUUCCUCCCAAGGCUAAGUCAUCUUCUAGUUUAGCUGCAAAUGCAGAGUUAAAUGUGAGGUCUGCUGCUGGAACGCAGAGUUCUGACAGCACUGUAGUGGGAGUGUCAGUGAAGCCACCGGAAGACUCGCAGUCGGAGCCUCAGCCUCACAAGGAACAAACAGAGGAAGACGGCAUGGGUCGAAAAAGCAGAAAAAAAUCAAGGAGAAAAUCCCAAGGAGACGAAGGAGGCAGACUCUCAGAAAACCCUGCAGAAGACGUCCCCCCAUCAUGUAACUCAGUGUCCAGUCCCCAAAGCGAAAAUCCAACUUCCCCCACAGGGGAGGCAUGUGAAGGCCCCUCCUUCAAGACAAACCCCACCUCACAGGCCGCACCUGAAGGAGGAGGGCAAAUUGAAACUGUUUGUCCAGGCGACGUAAAACAGUUGGGAAACUUCAGGAAUUCAAUCUCUGUCACUGCAGCCAGUAACGCAUGUGAAGAGAAUGAAGGUGCGGAAAUGGAGGAAGAAAGCAGUUUAUACAAGGUAGAGAGGAAGACAGAAACGCCAGAGUCAAAACGGAGGAGCAUCAAAGUUUCUACCUGUGAAGUGAAGAAUUAUUCGAAAGUUCUGCCUUUAAAUCAGAAGCAGAAUCAACUGGAAAACCACCAGGAAACGAAUGCAGAACGUCUGACCACCGAAGAUGAAGAAAAGAACCAGGCAGGAACCUUUCUGGACUCAAGACCUCAUGACCCGAAGAAGGCUGAUGUACACCCAAAGUCGGGUUCUGGCGGGAUUGCAGAUAAAAUCAGCAUCUUCGAGCGGCGUCGGCUUGAUGGGAGUCCCGCUCGCACCCCAAGGAGCGCUGAUGUUUCUCCGACCAGAACGCUCACAAACAGGUUUAAAGCAGACUUGAUCUUCUCAGAGCAGAGGUCAAAAUCGGCUGAACGACACCGGGAGGACAGGUCGGGUUUCUCGUCACCAUCCAGGGAGAAACCGAUGACAAUCAAAGAGCGAACAAAAAAGUUUCUGGAAGCAUCUAAAUUAGAAGCUGAAGCAGCUCAGAAACAGGUGGCAGCUAAAGCAGCAACGUCUCAAAAGUCCACUUCAAAAGUCCUCACUGGUCUGACAAAGUCUCCAGAACCAGACGGUCAGGACAAACUGGAUAUUAGAGAGCAAACGCAUGCAAACUCUGAGAUAACAUCGAAACCAGAAGGGGGGGGCUCAGAUGCUAAUGAUGGGCAGUUAGACGUUUCAGAGGUUCAACCAGCUGACUCUUUAACGAACGAAACAGAAGAUCAGAUUACUGUGCAAAACAGUAUCAGCAAAGGUGAGGAAUCUGCAGGUUUGGCCAACAGCACAACCUCACCCCCCAAAGGUCCAAGCAGAACAGGCUCCCGCUCUAAAAAAAAGAAGAACAGAGAACCAGCUAGCCCGGUUAGUAUUCAAAACACAUCAGAGGACCCUGCUACAAAGCAAGAGCAUGCGGGUAAUGCAGAAAACCCUCCUGCCUCAAAACAAACCGCAGAGAAAGUUGCCUUUCCAUCCCAGGAAGUCCUUGGAGAUUUAUCAGAAAAGCAGCCACACACUGACACCAAAGAGGAAGAAAGGGCUUUUGACAUACUGCCAAACAGACAGGAGGGAUCACCUGAAGCUCCUGUCCACAGAGAUGAACCUGAUACCCCUGUUUGUAGCACUGGAACAAAGAAGACUAUUGACAGUGACCCUGCUGUUUCACCCCCAGAAGAGUGGCUUUCGGGGAAACAUAGUUUUGCAUUGGAGGCAAAGAGAAAUGAUAGAGAUAACAGUCAAACAUCAGCUGAUCAGCCUCCUGCUGUCAAACAGGAAUCACUCGCUGAACAGCCCAGUUUGGGCGAAAAACUGUCGGCGCGGCUUGAAUUAGCAAGUAAAGAAGAAUUAGGACAAACAACGGAAGGCCAAAUCAAGGAGCCAACAUUUCAAUCUCAGCCUGAAGAUGUGGAGGUGCUUGAGACAGCUGACAGAGAGAAAACCAACAAUGCUGAGAGAAUAUUUCAAGCAAAAACAAUGGAGGCCCUGUCUUCGGACAUGAGCCUGACAAAAGACACGAGUUCUCACAGUGGAGGAGUUCCAUCAGAUAAAGACGGGAAUGUUCAAGAUGGCCAGAAAUCAGAAACAGCCAGCCACCUGUCAGAGGAGACCACAGCCCUCCCCUUUCAAACUCAAACUGCUUCUCAGGUGGAGACUGAGCACAGAGAAAAAGCUGUUAUUUGCACCAUGUCUGACACUAAUGAGGCGGUGAGCGGCACUGGGGCAGAUAAAAAGCCUCCCAACAUAAAGAUGGCUUCAACUGUGCCUCCUGAGUCCCUAACACAGUCUGCAGAAAGCCCUGGAAUGGAAAGAGAAACUGUUGUGGUUUCAGUAGAGCCCCAAUUUAAUUCUGUGUCUGUGGAAAAACCAGAGAAUUCACUUGAUGACUCAUGUACACAUGAGGCUAAUGCUCCAGAGCCUUCCAACUCUAAACCUUUCAUUAAAGCUGCUGCUGCUGCAGACGAAGGAAGGAGUUCAAAAGUCACUAAUGAAUUGUCAGAGCUUAAAGACUCACUUAAAUAUAAGACAGGUAAAGAUUCCGGUACUGAAGAGCACUCUAGCAAACCUGCCUGUGAACCUGCAGACACUGACGCUGGGGAGGAAAACAGGGAUGAAAGUGCUAUAAACAAUUCAGAGACGCCACAAGAUAAAGUUGCAGGAGAAAUAAUCAAAGCAAUAUUUAGCAACGGGUCGGGAAAAUCGGAAAACCCUGAAGAUAAAAGUACUGUAUCUUCCAUCAAGCUUUCGGAAAAUUUAGAACAGCGCUCCCAUGAAGGCAAAGAUCUGUCAUCUGAAGCGUGUGAAACAGAAAAGAUGGCAGGGACAGCAUUCACACUGCCGAUGCAAGAACUUUCACUUUUUCCUAAUGGCAAUCUUGCCUCUCAUUAUGAACUUCAAGAAGAAGACAAAAAACCAAAGAAUCAAACUCCCAAAACUUCACCAAAGAACAAUAACCUGAAUCCAGACUCAGUUCACAGAUUACCCAUGAAAAUACUCCAUGUGCCUCUUGGAUUAAAAACUGAUUCAUCAGAAGGGAAAGAGACCCCUUCUAGCUGGCUGGAUUUAGACUUUCCCAAGCAGAAGCCUAAAGUCCAAGAAGCAAAACUGACCUCUUCUGGAAGUGAGAGCAAUCUCCUGGACACUUCUGGCGAGUUAGAUGAUGAGGAUUUUGUUGCAAAAAUCAAGAAUCUUUGCGUUCCUUUCUCCCACCCACCACGAAAGCACCAUCCAAUUCGUACACCUCAGCCCCCAUUUGUGAUGCCGGCCAUUAGGGAGGCCAGCUUGGAGAAAACCUUUGAUCCGGAAGAGUUCAUGUUCGGUCUGAGGAAAAAGAAGCAGCUCUGCUUGGACGCCACCCCGAGCCUUUUAGCGGACCUUCACACCCCAGAGACAAAAUCUAACGUUUUACCUGCCAGGGCUAGUUUUGCUGAGCGGAGCUUGUUGCUCACUGGCUUCAAGGACGUGAAACCUGUGAAGGAUGAUGAUGUCAAAGAAGAUAGAGAUGAUCUAAUCAAAGUCAAGUCUCGCUUGGAGGGGAGCUCUCUCUACAGCAGUCUCAUUUCUUCUAACUUGAGAGGGAAUAAGAAUGGACUUCAGACUGAAAGCAGCACUUCAGAGGACGCGCUGCCUUCCCAAGCCCCCUUGCUUACCCCCUUACUCCCACCGUGUCCAACAAAUGCAACAAAAGACACACUGACCAAGCAGAUCACAGAGGAAGUCCAGGCUUCAGAGGAUAUGGCCAGUGACUCAAGCCCUCCACUUCCUACUUUUAACGACAUCAAGCUGCCGGAUUACUUGAAGAAGUAUCUUCCACAAGAUCCAGCGGCUGCAGUUCAAAGUGCACACGGACAGGAAGAAGAGAAAACAGAGAUUCCACAGUUUACUGGGAAAAUGGCAGCUCCAGUCUCCCCACCGACGACAGAUUUGGUUUCAAAACCAAAUCCGGGGCUUCCUGACAGUGUAGCUUCAUGUUUUCCUGGGAUUCCUCCAACCACACUCUCAACACUCCCUGACCUCAAGCAGCCCGUGACUCAGCCACAUAAAACAUCUGUCAAUGGAUUUCGUAAGCGGCCUGGAAAGAUGGUGUUGUUUGAAAAUGCUCAGUUCAGCGGCCAAGCAUAUGAGAUUUACAGGGAUGUAGCAGAUGCUUCGUCCCUUCAGUUCUCACCUCUCAUUUCGGUGAAGGUUGUGAGAGGGUGCUGGUUGCUCUACGAGAGGCCUGACUUUCAGGGGCGCAUCAUUGCCUUGGAGGAGGGGGCGACUGAUUUGGAAAACGAGUGGGCAGAGUGCGGACCAGAAACCGAACCGCACAACCGUCCACCGAUCUUGAUUGGCUCUAUUCGACUUGUCGUCAGGGAUCACAGCAUCCCACAUAUUGAUCUUUUCACUGAUCCAGAGGGCCGGGGAAGAGUUGCAUCUUAUCACGACGAUACAAUAGAGACGGGCACAUUUGGCAUCCCGCUGACGACAGCUUCCAUACAAAUUCACUCUGGAGUGUGGCUUGUGUUCAGCGAUCCAGGCUUCCAGGGGAUGCUGUCUGUGCUAGAAGCUGGAGAGUAUCCAUUUCCUGAAAGCUGGGGCUUUCCAUCCCCCUUCGUGGGAUCUCUUAGACCCCUUAAAAUGGGUGGAUUGAAGGUGGAAAAUCCCAGUGAGGUUAAGGCUGUGUUAUUUGAGAAACCUGGCUUUGAGGGCUCCUCUUUGGAAAUCGACAGUGACAUUUUCAGCUUUUCGGAUGACAAUGAAGCAAACCCACUUAAAUCUGUGGGUUCUUUAAAGAUUAUUGGAGGAUUCUGGGUGGGAUACAGCCAGCCUGGGUUUGAAGGUCAACAACACAUCCUGGAGGAAGGAGAGUACGAUGACUGCAGCGACUGGGGAGGCUCUGAGCUUCUCUCACUGCGGCCUGUUCAUUCUGAUUUCCUGUCUCCACACGUCAAAAUGUACAGCGACAGAGAUUUUGGCAAGCUCGGAGUGAACAUUAACCUAACCGGUCCAGUCGGUAGCAUUGAUGAAACCGGCUAUGGCAUGAAAACACAGUCAGUCGAUGUCACCAGUGGUGUGUGGGUUUUCUUUGACGAGCCGGAAUUCCUUGGCAAGUGUUACGUCCUGGAGAAAGGCCUGUAUGGAAGCCCAGAAGACUGGGGGGCGCUGCAACCCAGAGUCGGCUCAGCAAUGCCUGUUUUGUUGGAUGAUUUUGUGGACAUCUCCAAGUUUAAGGUGCAGCUUUUCUCUGAUCCGGGUUUCCGGGGCUCUGUCCUCACCCUGGAAGACAGUGCAGCGUCACUGCAGGACGGCUUCUCUGUAGCCUCCUGCAAAGUACAGGCAGGCAGCUGGCUGGCAUUUGAAGGCCAGGACUUCACAGGAAAGAUGUAUGCAUUGGAAGUGGGGAGCUACCCAGAUCUGAGAGCAAUGGGCUGUGUCAGCAAGAGCUCGUCCAUCCUGUCUCUGCAGUCUAUUGGCCCCGAGUUCUCGUUGCCGUCCAUCACUCUGUUUGAGCGAUGUGGUCUGCGUGGCAAGAGAGUUCUUCUCACUGAUGGAACAGUCAACCUUCUGCUGGCAGGAGGCAGCACACGAGUCCAGUCGGUUCUGGUGGAGGGAGGCAUGUGGAUAGUGUAUGAGGAAAUUAACUAUCGAGGGGCUCAGAUUUUGCUGAAGCCGGGUGAGAUUCCAAACUGGCACAAAUUCAGCAGCUGGCAGAAAAUUGGAUCUCUUCGCCCUCUUUUACAGAAACGCAUGUACUUCCAUUUACGGAACAGGCAGUCAGGGCUGAUGAUGUCCAUCACUGGGGAUUUUGAUGACGUCAAAAUGCUGCGAAUACAAGAAACGGAGGAAACGGGCGGCUUUGAGCAGAUUUGGUUGUACCAGAAUGGGCAUCUGUACUGCAAGCUGUUUGAGGAGUACUGCCUAAGCCCGAGUGGAAGUGUCACGAUCCCCGGGUGCAGAGUGGGUGUCUCGCCAAAGUUUGAUGAUCAAAUUCACCAGUGGAAUAUCACUCCUGAGGGUUUCGUUCGCUAUACCCUCACCCCUGACCUCGUCCUGGAAGUCAAAGGUGGUCAUCAGUAUGAUAAAAAGCAUGUGAUUUUGAACACCAUGGAUCCACACAAACUACAACAGAGGUGGGACGUGGAAAUUCUAUAAGAGAAACGGAGUUUUUACCACAAACAACCUCUGCAAGAACAAACACUCCUACAAGAGACAGAUUAGGCCCUAAAGAGGUCAACCUUAAGGACUCUUUAAUCACCUACAGAUGAUUUAGAGGCCCAUGAAGUUGUAAGAUAUGACAAUAGAGUUGUAAAAUGUUAAGAUUGUUUGGUUUUUAUUGAAAAAAAAUGUCAUUUCUGUUUGCAAACAGUGUUAGAAAAUAUUAUAUCUUUGUAUUUCCUCAUAUUCUAGCCACAUGCAGAACAAAGAAACACUCGAUUGUUUAAUUUUUGUUUACUCAGAAUCUUUUGUGUUCUUUGGAUAUAAAUAUUUUUGACAAUAAAUUUCUCAACAUGUACAGAA